GAGAGGGAUAGGAGAGAGAGCGAUAGAGGGAGAGACAUAAAGCCCUUCAAUUAAAUUGACAGAGAGGGAGAGAGAGGGAGGUGUAGUCUGAAGGAUUACAUCACGGCGCGCGUGGAUAUAUCGUCGGAGCCAGAUGCGGCUCAGUUUGGCGUCCGGCACCGACCAGUGCAUCGCCUAGCCCCAGACAACAUGCGGACACCUAGAAACCAACAGGACCCAACGCUGAGACUAGUGAGAAAGCAGAGAAACCAGGACCUGACGUAUUUUAUGCACGGGAAAGCCCAGGGGAAAUGCAGCCAAGUCGGUUCAUGCUUCUGACACUAAUGGGUAUGGUUCAACCUUUUCGUUGAAAGUGCUUUGAAAGUGCGUUUUGCCGUCUUGUUAAAGUGAAGGACUUCAUUCUAACCAGUUAGACGCGUGUCAUGGACUCAAGUUACGCAGCGAAACUCUUCACUGGCUCAGCGCGUCAACUUUCCUCUCUGACUGCAGUUGCCGGUUGCUAUGGUGAAUAGGCUCCAGCCAGCUGAAACUUUCUGAGAGCAAGUUUUUCGUGGAGUUUAACAGAUCACCGGGUGGAGCGCGUGCGUGACGACGUGAUCACCGGGUCGAGCGCGUGCGUGACGACGUGCGCUAGACUACGGGGCGCAUCGUGAUUUAUCCACACGCAACCUCUCCCCCUCGGGGGAAAACGGAUGAUAAUUUCAAACCUCUAAGGAUUAGACUUUUUAUAUUCUAUAUAUAACUUGGAACUAUUGUUACUUGAGAUAUGGAUAACUCGUACUAUUUUCUGGCCAUGUCCAUGCUGGUUCUGUCCCUCGGGUUAAGGAUUGAGGAGGGCAUGUGCCAACACUACUACCUCCUCCGUCCCAUCCCCAGCGACACUCUCCCCAUAGUGGAGCUCAAAGAGGACCCAGACCCUGUCCUGGAUCCAAAAGAACGGGACCUGAACGAGACCGAACUCAGAUCCACCCUGGGUAGUCACUUCGACCCACACUUCAUGUCCAUUACCCCGCCAGAGGACAAGUACUCGGGCAACGAGGACCUGAGCGACUCGGAGAUACGUCAGAAGCCGUCCGGCGCGAUGCCCAAGGAGAUCAAAGCCAUGGAGUUUGAGAUCCAGCACGGCAAGAAGCACAAGCCCAGUAAAAAACUUAGAAGAAGGCUGCAACUGUGGCUGUGGUCUUACGCCUUCUGUCCAGUUGUUUAUACAUGGAACGACCUCGGGAACAGAUUCUGGCCGCGCUACGUGAAGGUGGGGAGCUGCUACAAUAAGCGUUCUUGUUCCGUCCCUGAAGGGAUGGUUUGCAAACCUGCCAAAUCGGCCCAUUUUACGAUCUUACGAUGGAGGUGCCUGCAGAGAAAAGGAGGUCUGAAAUGCGCUUGGAUACCAGUUCAGUACCCCAUUAUAUCUGAGUGCAAAUGCUCAUGCACGAACUGAAAUAAACUGAUAUGAUCUUUUUGUAUUGUUAUUAUUUCUAAAAAGAUUAAUAAAAAAAAAUCAUAGUUACAUGAUUAUUUUUAUAUGCACUGUCAAGUGCAAGAAUGUAUAUUUUAUGUAUAUGUGGUCCCAUUUUAUUUUAUAAUGACAAACUUUGUAAAAAGGUCACUAUUAUUAUUAUUAUAUAACCAGCAUCUACUGUAUUUGUUGAACAUAUCUUGGAUGUGAUGUAUCUUUAUAUUUAUACUGAAGAAGAGCACUUCACAUUGUGAAGCAUUAAAAUACUGUUAUUGAAGGACUACAGAUAUGUUCCAUUCUUUGUGAAGAAAAUAAGUGGUUUAUGGACCUCUGUGUCAAAAUUAGCCAAAAUGUCAAUUCAUCUUGUAAUACUAAAUAAAGGGACAAUUGUGGGUAAACCAUGUAAAAUAACAGUAACUACCAGGCUAUUUAUUCUCUGUUCAUGUAGUCAUUGCCAGUUAAAAUAAAACCACUCAAAUGAGUC